AUGAUAUCAACUAGUAUUGAGACCCAGAACUCUGCCAUUCUUCACCUCAUGUUCGCAUGGGAAGAAUUAAAAAUAUUAUAUAAAACUAUCUAUGGAACAUCAAGAGAUGUUCCUUGUACAUCCAAGGAGAAAUUAGAAAAGACACCUAUCUAUAUGAGAAAAUGUGCAUUUAUAUUUGCUUAA